AUGCUGGGAUGGCUCUCACGCUGUCUGCCUGGGUUCAGCAUCAUCGCAUUGAUUCUGAUGCUGGUGCUGGCCUUCUCCGAUGUUCUUAACUCGCCGCAAUGGAGAAGUCUGCUCCCUCCUUCCCCCAAGAAGUCACCGUCUAAUAGCAUCCGGGCCGAAUUGAGUGCGCCACAGCAAGUGUUUGUGUUUUAUGUCGUCUUCGUCCACAUCCACAUGUUUGCCUUUACCGUUCGUCUGGCCUGGUCGAUCUUCCGAGUCACCAAGGAAACCCGAGCCGCCAUCCAGCGUCGUGUCUGGCAGACGCCGGAGGCAUCGCCCACCCUGGAUCAUGGGGAGUUUCUGGACAGCUCGCCAUGUUCAUCCUCGCAGUCCCUUCCUGACCCGUCAAUAGUCAAGAUAAACGGUAUAACUGUCCAGGAGAUCUGCGACCCUGAACUCAUCCAUGCAAUCAUUCUUCCCAAUUAUGGUGAGGAUCUGCACACCCUGGAGACGACGCUGAGGGUGCUUGCGAGCCAUCCGAGGGCCCAUUCGCAAUAUGAAGUGUAUCUGGCGAUGGAGCAGAAAGAAGAUGCUGCUGCCGACAAGGCUGCCCGGCUGGUCUCCGCAUUCGAGAAGUCCUUUCUUCGAGUUCGAACAACGUUUCAUCCGUCUGGAAUACCAGGAGAAAUCGCUGGGAAAAGCUCCAAUGUAGCCUUCGCUGCGCGACGCAUUGUUCAGAUUCAUCGCACGGAGUUACAAACCGAGUCUUGUAAUGUGAUGGUGACGGUCAUGGACGCCGACACACACUUGUCGCGCGAUUACUUCACGGAAAUCCGGCGCCUGCACUAUUUACACAUCACCGAAGGAGACCGGUCGAUCUAUUGUUGCCCGAUCAUCUUCGACCGCAAUUCCCACGAAAGCCCGAUUUUGGUCCGGUGUGCCGACUUGCUCUGGGGUGUAUUCCUUGCCACUGUCUCUGGCAGAGAAAGUUGGGGGUGGGACAGCGACCCCACCGCCAUCGGCGAGGAUAUGCACAUGCUGCUCAAGUGUUACUUUGAGACGGCAGGUAACGUCAUCUCUCGCGUGGUCUAUAUCCCAGCUAGCCAGUGCAAUGUGUCCAGUGAUCGGGGUCGGGGCUGGCGGCGGACCCUCGACACCUGCAGCGCGCGGUACCGGCAGGCGCUGAGACACAUGUGGGGGGCAUUGGAUUCAGGAUUUGCAGCGCGGCGAACAGUCGGCUAUCUUCGCUUCCACCAGCGCUGCCUGUUCCUGCGUCCGCGGCACUUUGCCCUCUUGCAUCUGCUCUGGGAGGCUCACUUCAUGCCAUCUCAUUUGACGAUUCUGAUGGUGUUCUCGGUGAUAUACACCCUCUGGACCCCGGUCACAACGAUGCACCCAGCACUAGCAUGGGCCUUCUCGUUUACCAACCUGUUACGCACUCUGGGUUUCCUCGGAAUGAAUGUUUGUCUGGUUCUGUAUGAGCGCUGGCAUACGCUCUGUCUGAACUCAAGGAUGCAAGACAUGCGGGAGGCCAACCUCUCCGACACGGGCUGCGCUCAGCGAGUAUGGUACCAGCCACAGUACCUCCUGGAUCGGAUCUGCUUCCCUAUUGCAGGUACUAUCUUCGGGGCUGUGCCAACUCUCCACGCGGUGUUUUCUCAUUUCUGGACAGACCGGCUGGUGUAUCGAGUGAGUAAGAAGCCGAAUUUCAGCCUGGAGGCGCUGGGAGUGGUGUGA